AUGCGGACCGUGCCUGAAGCCGAGAAGCAUUGGCGCCAACUCGAUGACUUCCACUCCUUGACCGACUUGAAGAUUCACGUAUCCUCGCACAAGGAGCCACAGAUCACUGCAGGCCUGCGCUCUGUGUGUUGGAAGUCCCCAUGGGUAGCCCUUCGAGCCGACGAAGCGCUGCGCGCCGAGAUAUUCCAAGACAUUGAGCGAUGCAUGCCAGACAAUGUCUACUUCCGACAGCCCGGUACACAGGACAUGAUGUUGGACAUACUGUUUGUGUGGUGCAAGAUGCAUCCAGGCAUAGGGUACCGUCAAGGCAUGCACGAGAUAUUGGCACCACUACUCUGGGUCGUGGAGAGAGACGCCGUCGAGCGAACGAGCGCUUCUGGGCAACCAGAUCCAUUGCUCAUGGAUAUGCUGGACUCCAGCUACAUUGAGCACGAUUCGCAUGCACUGUUCUCGCUCAUCAUGCAAACAGCCAAGUCUUUCUAUGCACCGGCGGAGACAGGCUCGACGACCAAGGAUACACCAAUGCUUACAAGGAGCUCAAGAAUCUUCGACAAGUUCCUGCCGAAGGUCGAUCCUCCUGCAUAUACCCUCAUCAAGGAUGCCUUAUACCUGCGCGACAACCUGACCCCAGAAGGUGGGGCUGAGAUCAUCUCACGAUAUGGAAAACAGGCUCCAGCCAUUGAACCUGAAGCGCCAACAUUCAUCCGUGAAUCCUCACCGUCCCCAUCGCUCUCCUCACAUCGAACACGCCGCAGUAUAGGUUCACCGAUAAGUUUCGUGGGUCAGCAAGGAUCAGGCCUCGAAGCUAUGCUCCAAGGUGCGGCGAAAAAUGUGUUUGAGCGUGGGUCACAGUGGGGUGUUGGGAAAGCUAUAAGAGAAGCAGUAGGGGAAGUAAAAAAAAACGUCGAGGCCUAUCAGUCUGCAGCAAAUUCCGGCCACAGCACACCAAGAGCCGGUGGACGAGAGUUCCGCAAACCAGCACAGUCAGCAACACCCAUCAGUUCUCCACGACCGGGCCUGGAUCGAAACAAUUCUGCAAACGUGGCACGAAAAGUCGAAGGCCUUGAGAAGAGAAAUAGGAACUUGGCGAAGAUGCUUGAGACGGUGGUUGGUGAGCUUUGGGAGCACCAUAGAGAGCGGACCGAAGAGCAUAGUACACAAGAUGAAGAUGCGAAAGGAAAGGAGGCGCUGGAAGCACUGAGUCUUGCCAUCGCAAAGGUGCAGUUCGUCCAAGUCUACCUCGAGGACUCAUCAAUACCACUUCCUGAGGAAUCGACAGAGCAGGCGGCGAGUGAGAAGGCUGCAGAAACUCUGGCAUUGCCUGCACCAGCAACGCCACUGCCAGACCGUACUCCCAGUACUCCCCGAGUGUCAGUCGACGCACCUUCAGAGCCUGCACCUGCACCAAUCUCCGCCCCAGAGUCGAUUCACUCACCCGCACCCAGUCCGCGCCCGAUGACGCCACCAGUUGUAGCCAAGCCAGCACAACCGCAGCCUAACAUGCACCUCUCGCCACGCUCAAGACCACAUCUUACCUCCUCAAACUUCUCAUGGAUGCUAGGCGAGGACUCGGCAACGUCAAACUUUGCAUCAGGCACAGCACACUCGACAUUUUCGUCAGACGAGAAGAGACGAAUGAAAGGUAAAGGGUUCUUGUUCGGCGACGAAGAUGAAGAUGACAGCAGUAUUGUAAAGGACAGCAAGAGAGGCAGUGUCGCCGGCAAGAGCGGGAAGAGCACGAAGAGCAAGCAUGUUCCGGAACACGAGGUCGAAGAGGAGAUCAUCGAUCUAGACAACAUGGAGAAGAGGGGCGUAUUGUAG